AUGUUUUUUCCUUUCGACGCUCGGAUCUUUCCAGCUCCCUCCAAUUCCCGCUCUGCAAAAAGCAUCUACUCGGCCUCUUUAAAAUUAUCUUCAUCUUCAUCUUCCACCUCCAAGUCUCCACUUCCGCCUCAGAUCCCAAACCCCGAGCCGAAUUGCAACCGGCAACUGGCUUCCAGUUCUCAUCUACAGGAGCAACGUGUUGCCAACCUGCGCCAGUUACGGCUGAGAGCCUUGCUGGGUGGCAAUGCCGAAGAGGCGGUCGGAUCUAAAGAAACUUUUCUUGAAUUGUUAGGCCAAACAGUCCCAGAGGAGGCCAACUUAGUCAAGCCGGAUGAGUUAGAUUUGGUCACCAACCUCGGAAAAAGACCCGAGGCACUUGAGCCCAUCACCGAUAAGUAG